AUGAUCUCAACUGCUCCAAUACCCGAUCACAGCUUAGAUGCACGAUGGCGCCAGUGGCUGGCAGCACACAACAGACGAUAUGGCGUGACAGAAGAAGAAUGGAGGAGAGCCGUGUGGGAGAAGAACAUGAAAAUGAUUGAAAAACACAACAGGGAGUACAGCCAAGGGAAACAUGGCUUCACCAUGGCGAUGAACACCUACGGCGACAUGACCAAUGAAGAAUUCAGGCUGAUGAUGAACGGCUUUGAAAACCAGAAUCACAAAAAGGGGGAAGAAUUCCAUAAUUCCCUCCUAUUUAAGAUCCCUGCGUUUUUGGAUUGGAGAGAGAGAGGCUAUGUGACUCCUGUGAAGAAUCAGGAAUUGUGUGGUUCUUCAUGGGCUUUCAGUGCCACUGGAGCCCUCGAGGGGCAGAUGUUCCGGAAGACUGGCCGGCUCGUGUCCCUGAGCGAGCAGAACCUCAUGGACUGCUCCUGGCCUCAGGGCAACCAGGGCUGCAGCGGUGGCCUCAUGGACUACGCCUUCCAGUAUGUUAAGGACAACAGAGGCUUGGACUCAGAAGAAUCCUAUCCGUAUGAACAAAGGAAAGGAUCCUGUAAAUACAAUCCCAGGUUUUCUGCGGCCAAUGUCACUGGCUUUGUGGACAUCUCUAAGGAUGAGAAGGCCCUGAUGGAGGCAGUGGCAACGGUCGGACCUGUCUCCGUGGGUAUUGCUACGACACCUGAGUCCUUCCUGUUCUACGAAGGAGCUGGGGUAAAGACUGGGGCAUGGGGGGCUACAUGA